GCUCGCGGUCCGACCGCCGCGCUCAUCACUCCGAGACGCACUCAGGUAGUUCGGCUAAAGAAGUGACGGGCCAUAUUUGCAAUGGUGACACCGCCUGUCGGUUCUUUCCCAGUAGACGCGCCAGAGCUGCAAUGAAGCUGCAGCCGCCUGGUCCUCCUGUCAGCACCUCCGAGUGUGUCUUAUUUAGUCAAACCAGGGGGUACAGGCUUUUCGUCAUCUCAUCCAUAAUUAACACGCGUGCCCGAAGCGUGGUCCCUCCGAGCAAAGAGCAGGGCUCGCUUCUCUCGUAGCCACGUGUCUAAAUGUCUCUGUCAAUGUCCUGUCCCCAUCUGCGGCGUGGGCGAGGUGUAAUGUAAACACGGCGGAUACUGACGUCAAGGUGCUCUGCGACCGCCAGGCAGGGGCGUCGUCCAUGUGGGCUUCAUGCUGUGGUCUGCUGAAUGAAGUUAUGGGUACUGGGGCCGUCCGAGGCCAGCAGCCAGGGUUCGGGGCCGGUGCCGGACCCUUCCGAUUUGCACCCAGCGCGGGAUACUCCACGUACCCGCCCGCCAGCUCAGGGAGUCCCUGUCUCGUAUGCAAGGCCUGCGGCCAGGCGUUUUCUGUCUUCAGGAGGAAGUAUAUUUGCUGUGACUGCAAGAAGAGUUUCUGCUCGCUGUGCUCCGUGCUGCAGGAGAACCUGCGCAUUUGUGCCACAUGCCAUUUGCUGAAAGCCACAGCCUUCCAGCGUUCUCGGCUCAUGCGUCUACGAGUAAAGGACCUGCGCCAGUACCUGCUCCUCCACAACAUUCCUACCGAUACCUGCAGGGAAAAGGAAGAUUUGGUCGACUUGGUGCUCUGUCACCAAGGCAUUGAGGAGGAGGAGGACCCUGACUCAGGCAGCCUCCACUCACGCUUCCUAUAUACCCCCUCUACCACACAAUCUGCCUCUGAGCUGUCUGCUUUUGUCGCCUCUCAGGAGGAAGCGCUCAGCAGGAGUGAUAGCUCUGAUACCAACCAGGAUAUAGGUGACGCUACAUCAAUGUCUCUCCUAAACCUGGAUCCCAGUGAACACACCCCUGAGGUGAGUCCUCAGACGCGAUGUCGGGCCAGAGCGUCACUCUCAGACAUCUCCAGCUUGCGGGACAUUGAGGGCCUGUCUGUCAGGCAGCUCAAGGAGAUUCUGGCCAGGAAUUUUGUCAACUAUUCAGGGUGCUGUGAGAAGUGGGAGCUGGUGGAGCGAGUAAGCAGACUGUACAGAGAAACAGAAGAAAACAGGAAAUCCAUGGAAAAUGUGAGCAGUACUGUAACCACAGACGGUGAGAAGGGUCCGCUGACGAUCCACGAUGACAACCUUUGCAGGAUCUGCAUGGAUGCCACGAUUGACUGCGUUCUCCUGGAGUGCGGCCACAUGGUUACCUGCACCAAGUGCGGCAAGAGGAUGAACGAGUGCCCGAUCUGCAGGCAGUAUGUUGUGCGGGCUGUGCAUGUCUUCAAGUCCUAAUGCACCAGUGCAGCACCACAGCGUCCAGCAUCUGAGCAGCAGCUCCGACUGAGACUGUACCUUAAAUCAACCAUGCAGCUCAUAACCAUUUGAAUCCCCAAAAGACCGAUUUUGUGGAUGUUUGUAUUCACAUUAUUUUGCACAUUGAAAUACUAUGGAAACAUUUCUUUGUUUUUCUUAAAAAUUUGACUCUUUGGUUUCACCAGUGUGCAGAGCAGAGGAUCAUACCCUCCUGUGAGUCAUUACUCAAGUAAACAUAUCCAGGACCUGUGUUCAUUCCAGAGUGUCUGUUUUGCUUUUCUUACAACUUUUCAACACAAAGAAUGUGUGGCACUCAGCCACCUGCAGUCUUGUUAUACACAACUCUUCAUCCUCAGAUCGGCCUAUAAACUGUAGCUGGCCCUCAAAAUCUGCUGAGCAUCCUUUAAAGCGCCUCUCUUUACAACUGCUGCAGGUGAAGACAAAUCUUGGUAACACGGAGGACAGACAUGAGCACGGGGGGGGGGGGUUAGGUGCCAAAUAAUGCCCCCCCCCCCAUGCUUUUCAUCCAUUUUAUUUCCCCGCAACUGGGCCAUCGUGCAUGGCUGUUAACAGAGGGCACUCUGUUCACUCUGUGUGGAUGCACGACUGCUCACAACCAACUGCAAACCAGUAAUGGAGGCUGAGGAAGCAUGUGCAGUUACUAUUGAAUACUUGUCCAAAUUUCAGCCCGACUGAUGGGACUUUCAAAGGUCGAUAACUUUGUUUAAGUCCGUAAGAAAAAGUAGAAACCAUUGAGCUUGUGGUUUCUUUUCUGGCUAAACUUGGGCGUUACUCGGCCCACAAAUGAGCAGUUGCUCUGCUGUUGUGCUUCAAGGAUACUGAUGACUUAUGAUGAACUCAAGUGUCUUUUUUUUCGUAUUCUUUUAUUCGCUUUUUCAAAAGCGCUCAAAUGAAUUACACAUUGAAAUGAUCAUGCAGACUCUUGUUAUUACAGCAAUAGCUAACCUCCUCCGCUGUCACCUCUGUCCCGUCUCAGCACUUUAGUGGAGACACUAGAAACAAAACCGGUGCUAACUCAUGCAACCAUCUCGCCCCUUCCCCCAGCUGAACCGUGGAUGUGAAACUGAACGUUUUUUUAUUUUUGUCGUUGUGUAUUGCUGGGAGUGGAAUGAAGUGUCUCAAUGCUCUUUAGUUGUUUUUCUCACGUAGGAGUAAUAUAUUGGACUAACUAUUCAAAGAUAUAGCGUCAAGUUUACUGACACCUGUGGUAUAGAAAGUAUAUAGAAAUAAUUACUUGCUAAUGUUCAUUUGCAUAUAUUGAUCCAUAUGAGAUGUGUAUAUAUCAAUUUUUUUUCUCCAUUUAAUUUAAAUUAAGUUAUAUCGGAUUGCUGAAAUGUCCCUGGGAUAUGUUUACCUGUCAAGUGGUUUGACGUGUUUUAAUCUCCAUAGGUUUGCUUGAACUUUCAGUCCCUCUUGAACCAGAACAUGACGAGAACCAAGACACUGGUGAUGUUAUAUCCUCCAUCCAUCUUCCCCCAGCUAUAAAGCUCAACUUCUUGUUUUGUUUUUUUUACCCUCUGUCCUGCACCCACACAAAUUCAACACUGCUGCUAUUACAGUAAAGUUGUUCCCUACAAUCAUGAAGCGUAGUGGAGCAGGUUGCACUUUUAGUUUAGAGAGGGCCUAUUUGUGUGCAAGGUUUGUCUCAGUAUUUGGGAAUGUCAAACUUUUUAUUUUGGUAAUUAAAGAUUCAAAAUUAA